GUGUAGGUGGACAGCAGGGAUGUUUACUUGGUUACGUGCAGACGUCAAAGCGCAUUCAUCAUAUCCCAGCAUGCAGCAGGAGGCCGUCGAGAGAUCCAGCAGCUGGUAGUGAGUUGCUAGAGCGCCCAGCAGGCAGCAACCAACGGUCAACAUAGCACACACAUUUUCCACUAGAUGAGAGAAAAACUGAGCCGUCUACCUUACAGGCGACAGAAAAACAUGCUGUUCGGACGCCUGUCGUGUUACCGCAGCGGCUUUUGAGUCAUCAUUGUCACCCGGUUUUCAUUUUGGAGGAUUCCUCCCUCCAUCCUCCGGAUCGCACCGAACGGGCAAUGACAACGGUCUCAGCAACCCCGCAGCAUUUGAGGGACCGGCUGCUGCAGGCCAUCGACACCAACAGCAAUAUAAGCAAUAUGGUGGCUGUAUUGGAGGUAAUUUCCUGUCUUGAAAAAUAUCCUAUCACCAAAGAAGCACUUGAGGAAACUCGACUAGGAAAAUUGAUCAAUGAUGUAAGGAAGAAGACCAAGAAUGAAGACCUUGCUAAGCGUGCUAAAAAACUCUUAAGGGCCUGGCAAAAGCUGAUCGAACCUGGGCCAGCUGUGGCUGCCAGUGCCCCUGGGUCUACCAAUGGCAGUUCUCAUCCCUGCAGAACGGAUGCCUCCCCUCUUGACAUUUCAGUGUCAGGGAAGGGUGUCCCUGAAGUCAAAAUCCGAAACGAUGUUCACAACACAUACUCGCCAAAAGCUGAGAAAUCAAGCAGCCGCAAACGCCGAGCAGAGCACAGAGACAGUGGGGUGCACUUGCCAGAAAAAAUCUCCAAGAUGUCUUCGUUUGAUAACUCUGUUUCCCCACCACUCACCAAUGGGAUUACAGGCAGUCCUGGUGCCCAGCCUGACCAGCAAGUCGUCCCGUCUCCUGACAGAUCCCGGAUAGAGCACCUUGAUAAUGAUAAAAUCAACAGAAUUCCGGUUAAUGCUGUCAAGCCUCGCCCCAGCUCCCCUGGAGUUGCCAAACUACCUAGCACUUCCUCUAUGAUCAAGGUUGCUGUGAUGCAGCAACAGGCCAGAUUGGAUGAAGGAGGUGGAGGAGCGGGGUUUUAUCAAGCCAAAAGUCCCCGUGGCCUCACCACCAGUCCAAGGAGCCUGAAGCAAGACACAGUGACCAAGCGCUCUUCAGCAUAUGCACCUAAAGGAACACCUAUCCCAAGCCCUUCCUCUAGGGACUCUACCUUUUCUUUGGCCCAGCCUGUAUCCUCCCCAGCUCAAGCAUCUUACGCUGACAAGCUGCCACAUUCUUCUCAUAGGUCUUCAAUGCACUGGGUCAGUUCGUCAGAAGUCCCCUCUCAUUGCCCGCCACAAGACCUAUCCGCAACACUGGAAUCCCCAUCAGUCUCCCCCUCACCCUCUCAACCCCAACACAACUCAGAACUACAAAGACCGACAUCUGAGGGAGCCAUGUCUGCGUCUGAUGACACAGAAGGGACAGCAUUUCCCAACUCUGAGCAUAAAAGGAGGAAGUACAGGUCAAGAGACUACUCAGUCAACCUAGAUGGCCAGAAAAUAGAGGACACAACUAAACCUGUACGGUUAAAAGAACGCAGAUUAACAUUUGACCCGGUCACAGGUCAGAUUAAACACCUGGUACAUAAAGAACCUUCUCAAACAGAGGAAGCACCCACUCCUGACCCUGCUGAGUCUAGGCAGAGAACUGAAAGCACUGUACAACAGCCCGCUGUCCCUACCCCGGCCCCAGCCCCAGCCCCCGGCCCCAGCCCUAACCCUUUCUAUCAAACAAACUGGAAGGAGCUGUCCAGAAAUGAAAUCAUCCAGUCCUACUUGAACCUUCAGAGUAAUGUGCUCACCUCCUCUGGUGUCCAGGCCCCUAGUGCACACUCCUUCAUGUCAGAGUAUCUGAAAAGAGAAGAACAGGAGAUCAAGGACUCACGGAAGAGACACGUUCUGCAGAAAGAUAGCUCAGUAGGGGAUUUACCGGGCUUGAGCCGGGAGGUGACGGACGGAGACCUGGACAGGGUACACACACAGCACUGGCCGGGGGUCAACGGUUGUUAUGACACAGAGGGUACCUGGUAUGAUUGGACAGAGUGCAUAUCAUUGGACCCUCAUGGGGAUGAAAGCAAAUUGAACAUCCUGCCAUAUAUUUGCCUAGACUGAGGGGUUUGGGAAGGUUGCUGUCCUCUUCCACUCCUUUCUUCGUCUUCCCACAGAGACGAGAUACUUUUGUGAUUUUGUUUGUCCACUGUGAGUUCGGCAAAAGCCAGGCCUGCUAAACUCCCUCACCCCCCCCGCCUCCUACUCUCUUUCUGUGUUAUUCUAAUGAGAUGUUGGUAAGAGUAAAGAUUAAAAGAAUAGUUGAGUUUGUAAUACCAAGGGCGGUUUCUGUUUUAUUUUUCAAACUGAAAGCCACAGGAAUGAUGAGGCCCUAGUUGCAGAAUGCUGCUACUAACACGGAAGGCUAGAAGUAGAGGACGGACUUAUCCCAGACAACCAGAAAUGGUGUAAUGUCAAUUUAUGAUGUUCUGAAUUGUACCUCAUAUUUCAGGCUCACUGGGAUGAUACCGUUUUUCUUUUCUUAUCUUCUAGUUUCAAAUGAGGAAUUCCAAUCUAGGGUUCCAUUUGAGGGAAGGCUGGGGUUUAGCGGUCCUGUCCAGGCCGCCACGUUGGUGCCCAGAAAGGUGUUGAUAAAUCUAGCACAGUUAGAGCCGAACAUGUCCAGAUUAAGAAAUACUGGAUCGUAUUAGGUCGUUGCAAGAAGCUUUAUGUGAGAUAUAAAGAGUAAAUUAUAAAUUUCUUA